AUGGGCAAGGAAAAGGUUCACAUCUCGCUGGUCGUCAUUGGCCACGUCGACGCCGGUAAGUCGACCACCACCGGUCACUUGAUCUACAAGUGCGGCGGUAUCGACAAGCGUACCAUCGAGAAGUUCGAGAAGGAGGCUGCCGAGCUCGGCAAGACCUCGUUCAAGUACGCCUGGGUGCUUGACAACCUGAAGGCCGAGCGUGAGCGUGGUAUCACGAUCGACAUUGCCCUGUGGAAGUUCGAGUCCCCCAAGUACUUCUUCACGGUCAUUGACGCCCCUGGUCACCGUGACUUCAUCAAGAACAUGAUUACGGGUACCUCGCAGGCCGAUUGCGCCAUUCUGGUGGUCGCUUCGGGUGUGGGUGAGUUCGAGGCUGGUAUCUCCAAGGAGGGCCAGACUCGUGAGCACGCUCUGCUUGCCUUCACUCUGGGUGUGAAGCAGAUGAUCGUCGCCAUCAACAAGAUGGACGACUCGUCUGUCAUGUACGGCCAGGCCCGUUACGAGGAGAUCAAGUCUGAGGUCACCACGUACCUGAAGAAGGUUGGCUACAAGCCCGCCAAGAUCCCGUUCGUGCCUAUCUCCGGCUGGGAGGGUGACAACAUGAUCGACCGCUCCACCAACAUGCCGUGGUACAAGGGACCUUUCCUCCUUGAGGCUCUUGACAACCUGAACGCCCCCAAGCGCCCGUCGGACAAGCCGCUGCGUCUGCCCCUUCAGGACGUGUACAAGAUCGGCGGUAUUGGCACGGUACCUGUCGGCCGUGUGGAGACCGGUGUCAUCAAGCCUGGCAUGGUCGCCACUUUCGGCCCCGUUGGUCUGUCGACUGAAGUCAAGUCUGUCGAGAUGCACCACGAGUCUCUGCCUGAAGCUGUCCCUGGUGACAACGUCGGCUUCAACGUCAAGAACGUGUCGGUCAAGGAGCUGCGUCGUGGUUUCGUCGCUUCGGACUCCAAGAACGACCCUGCUAAGGCAACCCAGGACUUCACCGCCCAGGUGAUUGUGCUGAACCACCCUGGUCAGAUCGGCAACGGUUACUCGCCUGUGCUUGACUGCCACACGGCCCACGUUGCCUGCAAGUUUAAAGAGAUUACGGAGAAGAUGGACCGUCGUUCGGGCAAGGUGCUCGAGACUGCCCCCAAGUUCGUCAAGUCGGGUGAUGCCUGCAUGGUCAUCCUCGAGCCGUCGAAGCCCAUGACCGUCGAGUCGUUCCAGGAGUACCCUCCUCUGGGCCGUUUCGCCGUGCGUGACAUGCGUCAGACCGUUGCCGUCGGUGUCAUCAAGUCGGUGAACAAGAAGGAAGCUUCGGGCAAGGGUGGUGCCAAGAAGAAAUAAGCUCGUGAUGACUCGCCUCGGUGAUUAGUCGACGACUUGGGUUUUGGGUCGGCGCGGAUUUCUUCAUUCAUUCUUCUCUCCGUGAAUUUGCCAGCGUUUGAUGCACUUUGUGUGUGGAGAUCGAUAGCAGUUUCUGCAGUUUGAAUAACCAACAGAAAAAUAGAAAGGCUUCCUUGCUCUCUCUUUUUGCUCAAAA